CGUUGCUGUCCGUCCUUCUGAUCGCUAUCAUCUCACCUGACAUCCUCGCCAGGCUCCGCGGCCUAGUCAUCUCUCUUCCUUGCACUUUGGCGACCUCGAGGAAGUCUAUCCCCCAGUCGUCACCUUUCUCUGAGCGUGACGAGGAGAUUGCCGCUUCAGUGGAGGCACCAACAGCAGAGGCCCCACUGGUGGUGGUGGGCCCAGCAAGAGACGACUCCAGCAACACGGCCUCGAUGCUGUCUUGAAUAGCGCAUGCUCUCUGCACCAGGCCUUUAUCCCAUCGACCUUCUCAAGAACAUCAAACAAGGCCGAUUGCCGUGACUUUGCUCCUCUAUCGCGCCUUCGAGAUCAAAUCAUCAUCUCCCCACUCUGCUUCGCGGAAAGGUCCAGCUUGAAUAUGGCUGACCCUUCGCCGCGUGCGCGCCCUAUUUCGAGCUUCGACCCCAAUGGUAAUGCACAAGAAUCGACGUCCUACAGGAACUCUUCAGAUUGGACUCGCUCCGGUGACUGGGGCGCUUCAGCCAACUCAGGUUCGGGUCCUUCCCAGCCCUUCCGUCGUGAGCCUGGCAGUCGACCCAGCUCAUCGGGUCUCGAUAAGGCAGUUCAGCCUCCUCAAGCACAAGCAAAUCCAUCCUCGAGCAUGCCGUCGAGCCCAAGGUCAUCUUUCAUGGUGAUCAACAAUGGCCAGAGCAGUAAAAUGGGCUCCGCAUCACCUGCCGCAUCUCCGGUGGCCUCACGUAGAGUAACACCACAGACGUCUUUCUCUGGCCCGCCGCCUGGCGCUGCAACACCUUUCUCAACGCACUCGAGGCGCUCUAGCGGCAAUUUAAUGUCUCAUGUGACUGGGGUUCAGACACCGGAUCCAGCCGGCUCUUCCACGACAGGUUCUACUCCCAGGGCCCCUUACCGAAUGGAAGGCCAACAACAGUCGAGACAAGCUCCGGCACUGUCAGGCUGGAGCCUCUCCCAAAUACCGCACUUCGGAUCGUCUGCCGACGCUUAUGCUCCCCUCCCUGUGCUCCCUGCCUCGGGUCGUCAAGGCGGGAAUAGCUACGACACUACUCUCGGCGCUCAAGAUGAUGCGGGGGUAACAGACAGAGGACAACGUUCGGGAGCAGUGACUCCGGGUGGUGAUAGCUAUGGAACCCACUUUACAAAUGAGAGCGUAAACCGCGAUGCCAGGAGAGCCUCCCGUCACUCGUUUCAGACGGCUGCUAGCGGGCUAGAUAGUGCUCCUAGUGCUGAUGGAUUGCGAGACGCGCGAGGAAGAGGCAUUGCAGGCGCUGUCUCCGGUGAUAGGUUCGAAGAAGUAAAGUCUACCGACGAUUCGCGUCGGCCCGCUGGAAGCUCUCCGUUAGGGUAUGCAAGCUCGACAGAGAGAGCUGUUCCUGGCUCAUGGGGCUUUCAAGUGAGCCACGUAAGAUCCACUUCGUCUCCAUUGGUGGAGACGAAGCCGCUCACCCGGCCUACGCCACCUAGUAGUGUUAUCGACGAACAAUUCGCAAGUGCCAAGAACAGUCCUCUCAUCGUGCCAUCGGUGCUACCUCCGCCUACCACAAGAGCCAGACAAGCGGGACCAGAGCGCAAGCCUGUGGGAGGCGCUGCUGCUCUAGGUCAGACAAGCGCCUCUCCUUCGACUGGCUCACGCUUUGAGGAGUGGGAGCUCAAGCAGCCUGGUCAAGGCUCCAAUGCUUCCCGACCAUCAUCGAUUGGAGCUCCCGGACAGCUCGGUAGAGAACAGCCUGCUCUAGCAAUGAACGGCGCGAAGCCGUCUCCGCGAUUGUCUAUUGGCAACAAAGAACAACCUCCCGUUCCCUCAGCCGCUCGCGAGUCAGAAAUUCAGCCAUCAACGCCAAUCUCACCCACUUAUCCGGCCUCAGUCGAGUCAACAACAGUAGGCCCAGCUGUGCCUGACAAAGGCAACGGAAUCCCAGCAGGUGCCCCACCACCGACCCCUCCCAAAAUCAGCGGCUCGUACGCACAAGCCCCGCUGAGUCGGCGGCCGGAAUUGGCGCUCGACGUUGCCCCGCCGACUUUGCCCAGAGAUGCUGCUCCGGAUCCAGAGAUCCCUCCACAGACGUCGCCUGUGUCAGACUAUCGCAGAAGACCUCUUGCAGACUCGAACUUCGGAUCGCCAGCUCUGAAGCCCUCCAUCGUUGGUCCUGGUAUCGGAGCACACAAUGUCACCGCAGCGGGUGCGCUGGUCAGCACUUCUCCGCCCUCUCCGGAGGACAUGCGGAUGCAAAGAUCGUCCACAGCCGGGCUUCUGCCGAGAGCGGCUCUGGUGGAAGGACCUGGACAUGACUCUGCAGAGCCUAGCGGGAGGGCUGAAUCCGUGUCAAGUGUGGACACCCCUUCGAGAGAGCCCAGUCCACCUCCGGAGGGAGAGGUCGAGGCUCGAGCUGAGUGGGAGCGAGCGAGGAUGAAGCAAAAGCAAAAGCGCUCUACGAAAAACAAUGCUAGGAGGAGUACUCUACGAGGGCAGCUCAAGCCUUUGCAGAUGGUCUCUACUGGAGACAAUGGCAAUGCUGGACAAGAGGCAAGCCGAGAGCUCGGUGGAGAGCCAGCGGCUCUCAAAGCGUUCGCGCCGAGUGCCAAACCGAAUAGUGGCGCAAUGAGUACCCAGCAGCUGCAAAAACAGCAAGCAAGGGACCAGCGACGCUCCGUAGGAGCUAUCAACAUGACCAUGGGGGCCAUGGGUGGGGCCGAUGUGGCAAGCGGUGUCAAUGGUCCUUACCCUAUGUUCCCUUCGCCGUCGCAAGGAGCCACGCCGGGUCGGCAGUACCUUGGGAUGCUUCCUCAGCGAAGUCUUGUGCCACCCUUCGAGUUGCAGCAACGACCUGAUGGCCUCCUCUCUGGUCUCAUUGGACCUGAUGGAGUACGUAGGAGCGUCAACGACCCAGAAGUCUGUCUGGAAUGCAUGAUGCGAGACGAGGACAUGAUUGACGUCGAUGUCUUGGGACCCGGAUUGUGGGAGCGGGAGAGUGACCGAGACUUCGAUGAAGCAUUGCGAAUCGAGAGGGAAGAGGGUCAGAGGAAUCAGUCGGAGCGGGGCGGUACUGGCACUGGGCCGAACUCGGGCUCUGCAGGGACAGGCGACGAUUUGAGCGCCGCCGGUCACAGUAGUACUGAUGCUGCGAGCAGAGAGGGACCGUCUCGAAAUACCUCUUUGGGCACUGGUACCAAGAUUCGCGUCAAGAGAGUGGGCAAGCACGAUGCCCUCACCGCCGAGCGGCUCAAGCUGCAUACUCAGAUGAAUCCUCCCGCUUCCUCUCAUCGCUGGAGGACUCUGCAACAAUUCCUUGCUGUGCAGGCGAAGUACAUCGCCAUCGAACAGAAGCUGCUUCAAGACGAAUGGAAUCGCUCGCACGGCGGUCCGGGUGCGGGUCGCAGAGAUCGAUCCGUCACUGCGCCUGGCAAUGCUUCUGUGAGCGAGUCAGUGGCGACGUCAACAGAAGGGGGCGGUGGCCGCAGAAGCCCAGAAACUGCCGCGAUUCCAAAGAAGAGCAUGUCGAAGAAUCGCAGCGUGCCGCUUCUGAUGCCGCAAAGAGCCGCGAAGCUCGUUGGUGACGAAGACUUGAGGCCCGAGGAGAAGACCAUGAGGGAAAAGGACGUGGCAUUGGCCCGAGAAGCGAGGAGAAGGAAUGCUGGAUCGACAUCGCCCUCCAUUCGCAACAUGGCGGGUUCUGCGAUGCCUGUUCCUGGCUCCGCAUCAGUCCCCGGCAGUCAAACAAUGGCUUCUGUUCUGCCCAGACGCCCAGGAGGCUUCUCCACUCCUGGUCGAACCGCUAGCGCUUCCGAUUUGCGUGGCGUGCCCGGCUCAAUGCUCUCUCCUGCAAUUCCUUCCACUCCGGAAAGCUUGGCGCCUCCGAACGCUGCCUUUGCAUCUGGAUCACUAGGUACCCCGAAAGGAUUCGGUGCCAGUACAGUCUCCCAGCUCUCCCUGGCGCCCAGUGGCUCGAUGCUUGAUAUGCACCUGGCGAUGGCUAGCUCGAAUCAAGCCGACCAUCGGGCCGGUCACGGGAGCGCUCUUCCCAUGCAUUCUCCCUCGCAGCUCAGUAAGCCAGCGCAGUCUCCAGAGGCCUACUUUGGCUUCCCUGGAGAUGGCGAAAUGAGCCCAAUAGACCCUUCGGGUCCAUACCGUCAGGAUACAAUUCGGCCGGAUGGUCUCCGCUCCCCUCCCAUUGGAGACACAUCUAGAGAUGACGGUGGCUACUUCAAGCAGAAGAAGCGCGACACCAAGACUCCCAGCACAGGCAAGGAGAAGGGGGGCUUCAAGCGUUUUAUGAACAAGCUCGCUGGAGGAGGCCAAGCAGGCAACGGUCUGUCGAGCCCACCUCUGGACGGACGCUCCGAAGACUCGAACAGUCAACGAGCUCGUCGCACGUCAGUCUCGGCCGAUGAUGCGCUUGCGCCACCCCCAGGCAUCGCCGGCCUCUUGAGUAGAGCCCGACGCUCCACUAGCUCUCUGCUGGGCGGAGCAGACUCAGUCGAGUCUCCUCGAGAGCUGUACAUGCAGCCUCCAAUGUCCUCCAAUUCGCGCAAUCGCUUCGAUAUGGGACCAUUCCAAUCGCCAUUGCCACCGGAGAGGAAGCAGUCCCGCUUUACGCCCGAAGAGAGGGCGACGUCUCCAUUGGUUGGUACUCAUCGUCGCGGCCCAUCCAACAGCUACUUUGCCGGGGUUGGCCCACAAUUCAGUGCGGGAGGUCCAUAUCCCGGCCCCGGCGGUCCGGCUUCAAUGCAAAGCGCCGAUCCUAGAUACAGCAGCCAAGGCUCUGCCAUGUACUCGAAUGGAGGUGCUGCUGCCGAAACGCCUGGCAGCAGUCGUACGCCCUCGAUGAUGAGCGUGGCGAACACGACGACUACCAGCUCUGGUCCGCAACCCCAGCGCCAACUUCAUCGCAAGCAAGCCCCCGUCGGCUCGAUGCCAGGUGGACAGGGUCCAGGUGCACAGCAACAGCUGCUUUCGCCAGGGGGAGGAGGUGGGUACGAAGAUGGUGAGCGCGAUAGCCGGCGUCCCAGCGUCAUGAGCCUGAACAGUGUAGUGCCUGGCCGGCCCGAUCGAAGCCCUCGGCGCACAGAUGAGGCUGGCUUCAGCAUGAGGCAAGUGUCGAGUCCUGCAAGCUUGCCACGGCAACAGCAGAACAACACCAGAGGGCUCUUUGGGCCUUUGACUACACCUCGCCGAGGUACUCCCAAUGGCGGUGACUACAAUCCUGAGGAGCGGGAAGAGAUGCAGGAUGAGGGCAACCAGAUGUCCACGCGAGGGGUCAAGGAUGACAACCGCAAGAGCAAGCUGCUGAGGCUUCCCUUUGGCUUCAGCAACUCCAACAACGACAGCUCGUCCACAAAGGCCAAGAGGCGCACCUCUUCGGCUCUCCCCACCAGCUUCAGCAGCAAUAGCGGACUGGCCAACAGUGGCGCAUACUAUGGCGAGGCUAUUGACGAGGGUGGAGGUACACCUCCUCUGCGUCAUCGUGCGAGCACCAAUGCCCUCGAGACGGGAAUGGACGACGAGUCAAAGCCGAGAAAGAGUAUGAACCUCUUUGAGAGGCCGAGGGUGUUCAGCUCUACUUCCUCGAGUGGCCUAACGUCUGUGAGAUCACAGAGUGCCUUUGGUAAUUACGAGCCUGCUCCCCAAACAGGGAACAGCGGUGGAGGCGGGAGCGGGAGCGGUGGAGGCGGUGGAUUUGCGAGCAAAUUGAGGAACAUGAGAGGAUGAUCGAGCGAGCGGCACUAGCGGUGUGCUGGCAAGUCAGAGGCAAUAUUGCCAUGGUGCAAGUUUUAGAUCAGAGACGAUGAGUUUCAUUCAUUGCCCAGCACACUGUUGAAGGAAAGAGGGUGUCCCUUUCUUGCAGGCGCUGCUGUCUUUAUUGCGUCGAUUGCCUCUCUCCCUCUCCCUCUCGUGCGUACAUGGAAUUGUCAAGAUCCUAUCCAUUCUAUGCGUAUUCUGUAGACUGCC